GAGAGAGGGAGAGAGAUCCGCGAAUGCCAUUCACACGUUCCGUGCGCUGGGAGUCCAGUGCGCCCUGCCUGCGCUCUGAGCGCGUCUCUCCAAUCAAGAGCAGAUGUAUGAGUGAGAGGACGGCAGCUGGAGAAUGCUCCUCCCGCAUGUGAGGUUUUCAUUCGGUCCGUGUGCGUUCACCGCGAAUUCCAAGGUCCAAUGAUGCACUUCAAACGUUAGUCUACAUGGAGGUUUUUGACGUGCGCUCCAGAAAUAUCGAGUCGGCUGCCACUCAUUCCGUUGGAUUGGACUUACAGUACAACACUGCGCGUCAUCGUAGGCUGGAAAUAUGCCACAGUGAGAGAGAAGAGGAGAAGAGUGCGCUCUGAGGAGGUUGGAUGUCAAAUUCGGUUUUGCUGAAGCUCCGAUGCCACUAAUUCUGCAUGGGUCAAAGUCCUUAACGAGAAAAGUCGUUUUCCCAAUGCCGUCCCAUCUGUGCGCCGAGCCGCAUCCAACUUCAUGGUGCUAUCUGGAAAUCUUGCAGAGACCUGUCCCCACCAUUGACGGAUCACAAUACUUAGAGAAUACGCAGGACUCAUCCAGAGUGCAGGAGAAUGAGGAGUCACCGGGGCCGGGGGAAGCAGCAUGAGUGGCCCGUGCAUCUCCAUCAUUAUUAGACUGACGGCUCUCAUGUUUCUAUGGAAGUGGUUAACACUAAGCCUGCUCCAGAGCUGGGUAUCAGUAGGGGCAGCCGACCGCACUGGGGCUGGCUUCAGUGGCUCUACCGGGCCCCUUGGCUGGCUCCUGUCGGACAAGGGUCCUUUUCAGCGCUCACAGGAGUUUGUUGAUUUCACAGACCGCUACCAGCUCGGGUUCAACACCAAGUACAAGAUAUACAGGGAGUUUGGCCGCUGGAAGGUGAACAGCUUGGUCCUGGAGAGACAGGAGAACAAUGGCUUCUCCUUGCCACUGGAUCCCGAGUUCCUCCAGACCAUUAGGCAGCUGGGAAGGAGGCCCAGUCUGGGAGCCAUCACUGACAACAUUAUCAGGAAAUAUGGAACCCACUUCCUGCUCUCUGCAACACUGGGAGGAGAAGAGUCAUUAAUGAUCUUUGUGGACAAGCGAAAGUUGAGCCGGACGACUGAAGGAAGUGAAUCCAAUGGCACAGCCGUGACCCUGGAAGCUUUGCACCAGCUGGCUGCCUCCUACUUUAUCGACAGGGAGAGCACUCUGCACAAGCUGCACCACAUCCAGAUCGCAUCCACUGCCAUUAAGGUGACCGAAACAAGGACGGGCCCUCUCGGAUGCAGUAACUAUGACAACCUCGACUCUGUCAGCUCCGUUUUGGUUCAGAGCCCUGAAAACAAGAUUCAUUUGCAAGGUCUGCAGGCCGUGCUGCCAGAGUAUCUGAGGGCCAGGUUCGUGCAGGCAGCUCUCAGCUACAUUGGCUGUAAUGAGGAGGGCCAGUUUGUGUGCCGGGACAAUGACUGCUGGUGCCAGUGUGCUGCGGACUACCCACAGUGUAAUUGCCCUGAGGUGAAUCUGAGGGCUAUGGAAACCAGUUUACUGCAAAUCCGAGAUUCCUGGAAUUUGGCCAACCAAGACUUUGAGGAGUCAGAUGAGUUCCAGAGCUUUGUUCGAAAGCUUCCCACUUUCUACGCUCUGAACACGUCCGCCAUCCAGUACUUCUGGACGACGGAGCCGGGCGUUCACCAACGCUACAAACAGCUUGAGCUCAACACGCAGCAGCUCCUGAACAAAGCCCGGCGCAUCAUCAACAAGCUCUUCACCCUCAGCAGGAGAUGUCGAACUCAGCCCAGAAUUAUUAUGCUGAGGGAGAGACCCUUCAGCUACUGGCUGAACUACAUCCUUUCCAUCAUAUACUGCAGUGAGAACAACCAAAUCGGCUCCUACCUGGAGGAGACCCGCAGCUGCUCCUGCCCAUAUGAGCACCCACCCUGCCAGGGCUUGAUCCCCUGCUCGGUGGGCGAGGGCACCUCUUGUGCAUCCUGCUCCUAUGAGAACCGCUCUCGCUGUGCCACCUGCAACCAGGGCUACAUGCUGAGUCAGGGCGCGUGCCGCAACGAAGUCCCUGACUCCACCGACCACUACAUCGGCUUUGAGACAGACCUGCAGGACCUGGAGCUGCGCUACCUCCUGCAGAAGCGUGACAACCGCAUCAGCAUCCAUGGGAUCUUUGUCAGCAAUGAUGUCAGAUUGAAUAACUGGUUCGACCCGUCAUGGAGGAAGAGGAUGCUGCUGACACUGAAAAGUAAUAAAUACAAGUCAAACCAUGUCCACAUGCUCCUGGGGAUGUCUCUACAGAUCUGCCUUACCAAGAACACCACUCUCGACCCACUGUUAUCCGUCUACAUCAAUCCAUUUGGGGGAAGCCACUCAGAGAGUUGGAUCAUGCCAAUUGACCAGAACAACUACCCAGACUGGGAGAGGACUAAAUUAGACAUUCCCUAUGACUGUUACAAUUGGACUUUGACUUUGGGCAACAAGUGGAAAACCUUUUUUGAGACAGUCCACUUUUAUCUGCGGAGCCGGAUCAAGGGACCGUCCACCAACGGAAACGGAACUGUAUAUUACGAACCCUUGGAGUACCUGGAGCCAGGGCGCAAUCUAGGCUACAUGAAGAUUAACAGUAUACAGGUGUAUGGCUACAGUAUGCACUUUGACCCAGAUGCGAUCCAGGACUUGAUUUUACAGCUGGACUACCCAUAUACUCAGGGAUCGCAGGACUCUGCCCUGCUGCAGCUGCUGGAGAUCAGGGAUCGGGUCAACAGGCUUUCCCCACCCGGAGCUCAACCUCUGGACCUUUUCUCCUGUCUGCUGCGGCACCGACUUAAACUGUCCACCACAGACGUUGCCAGGAUCCAGGCAGCACUGCAGACUUUCACUGCCAAGCAGCCCAACUCAAUGGAAUACGAAACAACCAAAUUAUGUAGCUAAUAAGUGGGCAGUCGUCCAGGUGCACAGAUGGCAGAUCAGUUAUCACACAGGCCUGAUGACGGCAAAGAGCAAUUUUGAAGCAGUACAAGGGGACAUCUGGGGGACAUUUUUGCUGUUGUCAUGAAUCUCAAGUGUGCAUUAGAGAUUCUCAUGUCAGCUUUUCGUAUAAAUUUGUACAACGUCGUAGAAUUAAGGAGGAUUUCACCAAACUUGCCUCGUAGGCCCCCCCCCCCCCCUUCCUGUUGAAAAUGAUAACUUUGACAGUUGCCAAUAUAAAUUUUAAGCUCUGCUGUCACUGAUAUGUUGCUCAUGUGCUGAUGUUUGUAUAUUGCACAAAUAUGAAUCACUCACAUACGCAAACAAAAGCUUUUGCAGGCGAAGUAUUACUCAAGCAAUGUGAUCAUCUCACAAGCAUUUCAAAACCAGCAUGUGUUCUUUUUUCUAUCAUUAUGAUUUUCUGUUGUUUCUUUUUAGUCACUUUUAUUUUGUGGUUGCAAAAAUAAAUACUUUGUGUUUAAUAUCAUGGCCCUCCCUUUUAACCGAGACAUGGACACUUCAUUGUUUUUAGUUUUUCAUCAACAUACAACAAAAAUCUCACUACUUUUUAAACUCAAGUACAAUUUUUGUAAGAAAUGAAUAAAACAAAGUGAGUAAAUAGAUGCUGUAAUGUUCCAGAUUUGUUGAGGAAAAAAAAAAGAAAAAACGAAAAACACCAUUAUCAUAACAAUGUUACAUGUGCUUUUAUUUUUAUAAUGCUGUCGUUUGUGAAACAAAAGUUAUAAGAACACUGUCUAUAAAAUGUAUGAUACAGUUUGUUAAUACACUAAAUAAAAUGAAUUUUUAUGUGUGGUCUAUA